AGGGGCCGAGCCUUCCCCCACCCCAGCUGAGUGAAAAGAGAAGGCAGGGCCAUGUGGCUUUCACUCUUUGGAGUGAACUGCAUACGCAGUCCAUGGAUUCCUCUGGAAAGCCAGUUCUUUAUAGCUAUUUCCGAAGUUCCUGCUCCUGGAGAGUAAGAAUUGCACUGGCUUUGAAGGGAAUUGCCUAUGAUCAAGAACCAGUGAACCUCCUGAAGGAUGGGGGACAGCAGUUUUCUACUGAAUUCCAGGUAGUAAAUCCAAUGCAGCAGGUCCCGGCUCUGAAAAUCGAUGGCAUCAUCUUGUCUCAGUCGCUGGCCAUAAUUCAGUACCUGGAAGAGACUAGGCCUAAUCCCAGGCUGCUGCCUCAAGAUCUGAAGAAGAGAGCCCAAGCCCGGAUGAUUUCGGAUCACAUUGUUUCUGGCAUUCAGCCCCUGCAGAACCUGACUUUCCUGAAACAAGUGGGAGGGGAGAAGAAGCUGGAAUGGGCUCAACGCUAUAUCACAUGUGGUUUCAAAGCUCUGGAGCGGAUCCUGCAGCACACCGCUGGGCGCUAUUGCAUUGGGGAUGAGGUUUCCAUGGCUGACUUGUGUUUGGUCCCUCAGGUUUACAAUGCUGAGAGAUUUAAAGUAGACCUGGCUCCAUACCCCACGAUCACCAGAAUCAAUAAAGCCCUUCUGGAGCUAGAGGCAUUCCAAGUGAGCCACCCAUGCCGGCAGCCGGAUACCCCCGCAGAGCUGCGAGCCUAAGGACCUUCUUACAAGCGGGCUCUGUUCCUCUCUAAAGCACAAGGGCAGGGGUGGCAGAGAAAUGGAUCACACCCUGCCCGGAGAAGGAAAGCCACAUAAGUGCCCAACAGGCAGCCAUAGCAUUGAUGCAUCCUUGCCAGCUGCAUAGGAGGAAGGAGAAAGAGAGCGAGCGCCCCUGCCCCUGUACUCUGAAAGAAGCUGUGGGUGGCCCAUUGCAGACCUGAGUAUGGAAGGGAAAGGUCAUGCUUACCCCUGAUCAUGUUUGACUACCUUCAAUCUCACCAUGUAGCAGAUUAAAGGAGAAGCAUCAAGA